UAUUGAUUUAUCAAAAUGUAUCGAUGAGAAAAAACGAAGCUCUGCUUGGAAAAAUGAAAUCUGUCGCCGUGUAGUUGAUGUUUGUAAACAGUUGAAGAAGCAAGGUGUUCACUCAUCCAUUCUUAUCAAUGCGGCUGGUUUCACAUCCACCGGCAUUGAUAAUACUGCUCAUUGUCUCACAUGCGGUCUAAAAGUAACUGAAUGGACAGCACACAUGAACCCAUUUACUGUUCAUGUUCAACAAAGUCCGAAUUGUUCAUUCGUUCAAUCGAUUGUAUCAAAGAAUCAAAUGAAAUUUUCUUCUUCAGAUGGUUCAAUAACAGAAAACCAAAACUUUGAAUUAUUACAUAAUCAAGAAAAAUUAUCGAAACAUAAAAAAAUCGAUCAAAAGAUCGACCAUUGCCUGACAGAAGUAGAGAUAAUGAAAGAAGUUCGUUGUCGAACAUUUUCACAUUGGCCUCAUCAGAAAGUACUAUCUCGAACACAAAUGAUUUCGGCUGGAUUUUUUUAUUGUAAUGUUAGUGAUCGUGUCAUUUGUUUGUAUUGUAAUUUAAUUUGUCAACAAUGGACACCACAUACUGAUGAUCCAGAUAAUAUACAUCAAACUCUUUCAUCUCUAUGUCCAUAUGUUUUAUUUAUUUUAAAAACUCGUCAGACAUCAACUGCAUCAAUUCUUAAUGAUAAUUCGAAUAAUCGAGCAUUAACAUCUAAUGUAUUGCGAUUUAAUGAAAUAGCUCAAGCAUCAGCAUUUCAUCGAGCCUAUGUUGAAAUUUCGAAACGUCUAUCAUCAUUUAAUUCUUGGCCUCAAGAAGACUUACCUUCUGUUGAUGAUCUUGUUCGAGCAGGAUUUUUUUAUACUGGCUCAAAAACAAUUGUUACCUGUUUUUAUUGUAAUGGAUCACUUCAGAAUUGGGGUCCCAAAGAUAAUCCAUUGAUUGAACAUGUACGUUGGUUUCCACUUUGUGCCUAUGCUAAACAAUUAUGUGAUGAUGAACUAUAUCGAAAAGUUCAAGAAUCUAAACGAAUUCGUCAAGAAUGUGCUGAAACAAAUGAAACAGAGAGAAAUGAAAAUUUUUCGAACAAUCAUCGAACAAACAAUUCUCAACUAAUGAUUCCUGAUGAGAACACACUGUCACGAUUUGUUGCUGCUCGACUCGAUUUGCCUAUUUCACAAAGUUUACUAAAUCGAAAUUUCAAAUUAUCAGUUAUCAAACGUUGUUGGGAGGAUCAACUAAGAUUAAAACGUUCGUAA